CAUCGAAGGCAGACGCUGGGAAGUUUAAAUACCUGCAAAGCUUGGGCUCGCGCCGUCUUCGUACACUCUUCCAUACCCUCGUGGGUGCCGAUAGAGAUACGCAGCGUGGUACCACCUUGGACAUGGAAGAGUCAAACACCAUCCCUCCACACAUUCCUAGUCCAGCAGACCUCCACGCGUACGUUCGCGCUCUAGGCAUGCUCCGCGACUACGAAGGUCUAUACUCUUUCUCUACAUGGCUCACUCGGCAUCACGCCGAAGUCAUCGCUCUUGCCAACGCCCAGUACUCUGGCAGGAGAUGGCUCUUCACGACACUUGUGGCGCUGAGAGCUGCGGUCACGGGGGCCUUAGAAGGAGGACGCCAUACCAGGAGCGGGGCGCCAGACGAUAUCGUACAGCUGGUCAUGAGCCAGAUUGACAGUGUAGAGGAGUGGGGCGGGUGGCCAGAGCUGCAGUACGUCGAAGAGUACAACAAUGGACGCUACCUGAAGAGCAGACUGCCGACAGUUGGAGGAAGAUAAAGAUGGCACAUGCUUCUUCUAUAAAUACGUCUUAUCCUUGUCAAUCAACCUUGUCGCGCAAUUCGUAACGUGUGCCUCACGUAGUCAGUCUAAAAGCCGGAUGA